CACCAUGCGAGGGGCCAGAUAGGGGUUAUGGGCGCGACCAUCCGCGCUGCGGCGGCGGCGAAACUCAGCGCUGCUUCAGUCUGCAGCGGGCAACGGAAAGAGUAGCGUCGUGCCUGAGAGCGCAGCUGUGCUCCCGGGCCCCGCGCGGUCCGCCCCCGCGGCUCCUGACCAGACUGCUCCUGGGACCCCCUUCCCCACACCGCAGCCAUGAACUACCUGCGGCGCCGCCUGUCGGACAGCAACUUUAUGGCCAAUCUGCCAAAUGGGUACAUGACAGACCUGCAGCGCCCGCAACCGCCCCCGCCGCCGCCUGCUGCCCCCAGCCCCGGAGCCACACCCGGUCCCGCGACCGCCGCUGCCGAGAGGGCCUCCGCGGCUGCCCCCGUGGCCUCCCCAGCCGCCCCUAGCCCUGGGUCCUCGGGAGGCGGUGGCUUCUUCUCGUCGCUGUCCAACGCGGUCAAGCAGACCACCGCGGCAGCGGCCGCCACCUUCAGCGAGCAGGUGGGCGGUGGCUCUGGGGGCGCAGGCCGUGGGGGCGCCGCCGCCAGGGUGCUACUGGUCAUCGACGAGCUCCACACCGACUGGGCGAAAUACUUCAAAGGGAAAAAGAUCCAUGGAGAAAUUGACAUUAAAGUAGAACAGGCUGAAUUCUCUGAUCUCAACCUUGUGGCUCAUGCCAGUGGUGGGUUCUCCGUGGACAUGGAAGUUCUUCGGAAUGGGGUGAAGGUUAUGCGGUCUCUGAAGCCGGAUUUUGUGCUGAUCCGCCAGCACGCCUUCAGCAUGGCUCGGAACGGGGACUACCGCAGCUUGGUCAUCGGGCUGCAGUAUGCCGGCGUCCCCAGCGUGAACUCUUUGCAUUCUGUCUACAACUUCUGUGACAAGCCCUGGGUGUUUGCCCAGAUGGUUCGGCUGCACAAGAAACUGGGGACAGAGGAAUUCCCUCUAAUCGAUCAGACCUUCUACCCCAAUCACAAAGAGAUGCUCAGCAGCACAACAUACCCUGUGGUUGUGAAGAUGGGACAUGCACACUCUGGGAUGGGCAAGGUCAAGGUAGACAACCAGCAUGACUUCCAGGACAUCGCAAGUGUUGUGGCACUGACCAAGACCUAUGCCACUGCCGAGCCCUUCAUUGAUGCCAAAUAUGAUGUGCGUGUCCAGAAGAUUGGGCAGAACUACAAGGCCUACAUGAGGACAUCAGUAUCAGGAAACUGGAAAACCAACACUGGCUCUGCGAUGCUGGAACAGAUCGCCAUGUCUGACAGGUACAAGCUUUGGGUGGAUACAUGCUCAGAGAUUUUUGGGGGACUGGACAUCUGUGCAGUGGAAGCGCUGCAUGGCAAGGACGGAAGAGAUCACAUCAUUGAGGUGGUGGGCUCCUCCAUGCCGCUCAUUGGUGACCACCAGGAUGAGGACAAGCAACUCAUCGUAGAGCUUGUGGUUAACAAGAUGGCCCAGGCCCUGCCCCGACAGCGGCAGCGGGAUGCCUCCCCCGGCAGGGCCUCCCACAGCCAGACUCCAUCCCCAGGGUCCCUGCCCUUGGGCCGCCAGACCUCCCAGCAGCCCUCCGGACCCCCGGCUCAGCAACGACCUCCGCCACAAGGCGGCCCUCCACAGCCAGGCCCAGGCCCCCAACGCCAGGGCCCCCCGUUGCAGCAGCGCCCGCCCCCGCAGGGCCAGCAGCACCUUUCAGGCCUUGGACCCCCAGCUGGCAGCCCACUACCCCAGCGACUACCAAGUCCUACAUCAGCACCCCAGCAGCCUGUGUCCCAGGUCCCACCGCAGACCCAGGGUCAAGGCCGCCAAUCCCGGCCAGUGGCGGGAGGACCUGGGGCACCUCCAGCAGCCCGCCCACCAGCUUCCCCAUCUCCCCAGCGCCAGGCGGGCCCCUCACAGACUACCCGUCAGACAUCUGUCUCCGGUCAGGCUCCGCCAAAGGCCUCGGGAGCUCCACCGGGUGGUCAGCAGCGCCAGGGCCCACCCCAGAAACCCCCAGGUCCCUCAGGCCCCAUACGCCAGGCCAGCCAGGUGGGUCCCAUGCCCCGCACUGGGCCACCCACCACGCAGCAGCCGCGGCCCAGCGGCCCGGGCCCUGCUGGACGUCCUACCAAGCCACAGUUGGCCCAGAAACCCAGCCAGGAUGUGCCACCACCCACCACCGCCACUGCCGGGGGACCCCCACACCCCCAGCUCAACAAAUCCCAGUCUCUGACCAAUGCCUUCAACCUUCCAGAGCCAGCCCCGCCCAGGCCCAGCCUUAGCCAGGACGAGGUGAAAGCUGAGACCAUCCGCAGCCUGAGGAAGUCUUUCGCCAGCCUCUUCUCCGACUGACACC